GUUCUUUUACGACCAUGUGCAUCAUGCAUAUAAGGCUAAAACGAAAGUAGAGCCUGAUUGUUUCAGUCGCAUACUUUUAGGGAUGAAGUGCGUGAAUUGUUAAGGACAAAUGACUCACACUGUUCUACUGAUGGCAAUGCCAAAUUGCAAGCUAUCAAUCUUUGUAUCACUGGUCAAGAAACGGAAAGACGUAACUGACGUGAGCCGACAUAUUGGGUCAUGGGGAGUUGACGUGAGCCGACAUCUUGGGUCAUGGGGAGAAUUAGAUUGUCUUAGAACAUACACAGCGAAAGCUUCACAAACAAAGUAAAAAAAACUGGUUUGCUGUACAGGACUGUCAGUAUGGAGUGUGACAAGAGUGUUGAAGGGGAUAAGAUUGAGCGCCUGCGGGAGCGGAUCCUCCAGUGUCCCAUCUGUAUGGACGAGUUCCAGGACCCACGCAUUCUGCCUUGUCACCACUCGGUGUGUCUGAACUGUCUGCUGGAUUACGUACGUCACUCUUCCUCUUCUGGCCGCCUUUUCAGGUGUCCACAAUGCAGGAGUGAUGUUUGCGUGCCUAGGGGAGGGGUCAAAGACUUCCCACCAAAUUUCUACAUCAACUGCAUCCAGGAUGAGAUCGGAGCACGGCCAUACUUCGGUGUGUGUGAUGUGUGUCGUCGUGACUGGCUAGUGUCGCAGUAUCGCUGCAUCAACUGUGACCUUGACAUUUGUAAGUUUUGUAUCCACGACCACCGUUUGUUUAGCCAUGCUAACCAGGAGGAGGCAAACAUUAUGAGGAUAGAGACAGGUAAUAUAGGUACAAUGCUGUCAUCACAGCGCACAUGUUCUACGCAUGAAGGAGAGGCACUGCACAUGUUUUGUGCGACGUGUGACAUUCUUGUGUGCAUGACUUGUUUGUGCGAGGAUCACAAGCAGCACAGUACCCAGCCUCUAGGACGUAAACUAAGGUCAGCCCAGCAUGAGCUACAGACAGAGCUAGAUACAGUAGGGGUGGAGCUGGUGCAGGUUGACAAGGUGAUGGGGGAAGUAACUGACCUCCGUACCAGUAUCCUGCAGGAGCGGGAGGCAUGUGUACGUGCGGUGCGUGCUCAGGCACGGGCCCUCACUCUUGAGAUUGAUGCCCAGGGGGAAGAAUUCAUAAGCAAUAUUACAGCAGAUGGUAGUGUUCCAGCACUAGAAAACUACUCCUCUCAGCUGUCCAACUACAGGGAUCAGCUCCAGCGUGGCAUCCACUUUCUGGAAAAUCUGGAGGAGGGUGACAUAAGUCUUGAGCUCAUUGACACAUAUCAGCGGUAUCAGAAAAGUGUGUCAGAGUGUCAGAAGGGCCUUGCUGGCAAGACUUUCACACAUCAGCAACCCUCCUUCUCACCGGGCCAACUCCGCAAAGCUGGGCAGUACAGAUUGUUUCACUUUGGAGGGCUAAAAAACAUACGUAACAAAAUUGCAUUUCUUCCUCUUCCACCAAGGAAGGGGCGUUGGGGAGGUAUGUUUGAUAUUAUCCGAGGUGAACAGGCACGUGUCGCUUUUACAGGCUGUUGGCGAGCGCUGGUCGCUAUGAUGACGCUUGUAAUGGUUGUUACACUAAUUGACCUGUCACUCAAACUCUGUACGUCACCAGGCACCUUCACACAGACACUUGCAGGGUUUACUUUUGUCCUGUAUGUCAGUGUAGCUGCUGUGUGUGCCUAUAUCAAGGCAUAACCAAGAUAUCGGUUUACUACUACAACUUUGGUGGAAAGUUUCCCUAAAGGGUGAAGCCUGAUGUAGGAAGACGUACAGCUGAUGUUCCUGCAGGACAUGGUGUGAGGCCUGUAUGUCCAAUUGAUAUAAGAGCAGUGAUUUACCUGUUAGUCUAUCUAAUGUAGGAAGUGUUGGGGGGAAUGUCCCAAUAAUAUUUCAGCAAAAUUUUAAUGACUUCCAUACUUUAAACAAAUUUCGUUUGGUGUUUUUCAGUUUCGGAACGUUUUGUAUGGAAGUUAAUUAAGCGCUGUAUUAAUCUGUAUGAACAGCUUUUUGACCUAUGUUCUUGCAGCAUUUCAGGUUGUAAUUGCAAUAUAACUUCAUAUAUGGGGAAACAAAUCUUUGUGAUAGCAGUUCCUGAACUUUUGAAAGAAAUGUAACUUAUAUAUAUAUAAAGUGAAUACGCAAUGCAAAUGUCCUCCAGCUGAUGCGAGUUUGUCAUUAUUAUGUUAAAGGCAUUACAUACAUGUAUACAUAUGAUGCAUGUCAUUAUUAUGUUAAAGGCAUUACAUAUACAUAUGAUGCAUAGUUUUAACAAGUAUUUUUAGUAUGGAAUAUUUUUACUUACCCAAAGCAUGUCUAUAUAUACAUAUAUUUAUUAGUAUGUAUUAUUGUUAUUAUUUUCUUAAUAGAUCUGUUUUGCUUUCACUGAAUUAUGUCUAAAAAGCCCAGGUUUCUGAUUGUUAAACAUUACUUUUUUAUGUUGAGAUACUUGUGCUAAGAUGCUUUAUGAAACUGGAAGAUAUCUUUUAGUGUAAAUUACUUAUUCAAGGAAAAGUCUAGUACAUGUAUUAUGUCUAUCUUGUUUGCAAUAUGCAGGGUUGCAACUACUUUUUAUGAUAAAAGGCGAAAGGACCAAGGUACUUGACCAACUUUCGAAACUUUUAAAUAGUGAAAAAAAUCUGAAAUUUCUGAAAAAUGGCCGACAUACAAUGUUUUAUUAAAUGCUGAAUGAGAUCUUUAGCUUCUUAUCAGUCAUAUUGCAUCAGGUAUCACAAUGUUCAAUUCAUACUGUGAUAAUGAAUCAUCCAAUAUUCCUUCUUUGCGUAUCGCAGAGUUAUCUUCUCUUGUGAGCAGGGAUUGAUUGUUACGUCAUUGGUUUGUGUGACAAAAUUACAUC